GAACAAAAAUGAUUAUGUCAAUAGAACACAGAGAAUGUUAGAUGAUGGUGACUUUGUUCAAGUAAUCAAGGAUCCUACUAACGACAUAGCAAAGAAAGUGAGCAACGCCUUGAAAGCCGUCACAGUGAUGGAUGACAAAACUAAAGCAAGAUUGAAAGCUUCUAAUCCGGUGACACCUAAACUUUACACCUUACCUAAAACCCACAAACAAGGGGAAAAGAUGAGACCCAUUGUUAGUAACAUUGAUUCACCAACUUACAGCCUCGCAAAGUGGUUAAAUAAAAGUUUCCUGCAGCUAGGACCUAUCAAUAGUAUGUCGGUCAAGAACAGCAACCAAUUCAUCAAUGAAGUUCAAGACACAAAAAUAAGUGAAGAUCAGGUAAUGGUUUCUUUUGAUGUUGAGUCACUCUUUCCAAGUGUACCGAUAAGGAAAACCCUGGAUAUUUUAAAGAAAUGGUUGCUAGAAAAAGAGCUAGAUGAAAAAAUUGUCAACAAUCUUGUAAAUCUAACAGAAAUUUGCACCGAAAACCGGUUUUUCCAGUUCAAUGGUAAAAUUUAUAAACAAGAAGACGGUCUAACGAUGGGCAACCCUCUAUCCCCCUUCCUUGCAGAACUUUUCAUGAGUGACUUGGAAAGAAAGAUUAAAAAUGGUUUCAAUUGGCUUUUCAAUGUGUGGAGAAGGUUUGUGGAUGAUGUUUUUAGUAUAUUGAAGAGAAGAAAUUUAGAUGACGCCUUGAAGUUCUUAAACUUGCAAGAAAAGUCGGUUAAGUUCACCUACGAGGUUGAGAAUAACGAGAAACUUUCCUUUCUCGAUUUAAUGGUACAUAGGCAGAAGGGAAUGUUAAAUUUUGACAUUUUCAGAAAAGGAACGCAUACUGACAUUUACAUUAGUAACGACUCUUACAACCCUCCUAGCCAAAAAUUGAGCAUUUUCAAUAGUUUGAUCCACCGGAUGCUCAGUGUUCCUUUGUCGCCUAUGGAUCGUAGUAAAGAAGAGCAGAGAAUUUUGGAAAUUGCAGUGAAAAAUGGUUUUCAAGUUGAAACUGUAAGGAAUUUAAUUCGUAAAAAAGAAUUUCGCAAAAGGGUUCAGGAAGUGACCACUCUUAAAAGUAUAAGAGAGGAUGAAGGCGCCUUUGUGAAGAUCUGCUACCAUCCAAACCAUUUUUCAAAGUUUAAAAAAGUGUUUCUGAAGUAUCACCUAAAAGCAGUUCCAGUUAAUAGGCACAAUUUGAAAUCAGUGUUCCAUGGUGAUCUUAAGGACCAAGUUAGAGAAGAAGACAGGGCUGGCAUCUACAGUUUGAAAUGUAAAGACUGUGACAAGCAAUACAUUGGGCAGACAAGAAGGAAGAUGAAAGUAAGAAUAAAAGAACAUCAAAGAUGUAUUAAGAACAGAGAAAUUGACAAGUCAGCAGUAGCUUUGCAUAAUCUUGAGACAGGACAUCGGUUCGAAGAGGAAGGGAAACUGUUAAUUGGAUGCAACGAUAGAAGGAAGCUGAACAUCUUGGAAGCUAUGGAAAUGCACAAAAAGAGAGACAAGUUGGUAAAUUUAGAUUUGGAAUGCCUGGAAAACUGUUUGCUCAAAGUGAUUGGCAGCACUGAUAGAUUCCACACCAAGCAGGAUGUAAACAACAACAGGCAGUCGGAAUUUAGCCUUGAAGAAGUGACCGAGGUGUCCCGAAACGCGUCGGCUUUUUAAUUUUAUUUUGUAAAAAUAUUGAUAUGAAACUUGACAAGAAAGAGGAUAAACUAGCAAAGCAAUCAGAUAAACUUGUCCUUCCCACCUCUUUGCGAACCAAAAGUGGUUAAUAAAUCGAGAGAUAUUUUCACACCUGAAGGAGAAGCAGUCUGGAAAAUGGAUGAAUUCAG